AUGUGGUAUCUUUAUAUGCUUAAGCGCAUUAUUCUGUUCGUCCUUUGUUUUAUUUUAUACUAUCUUCUAUUUCAAUUAUCUUUCGAAGUUAAAUCAGUAUCUUAUUUUUCUUCUCGAAUAAAUAAACGUGUUCAUCAUACUGCAAUAAUAUUAGCGAGAAAACCUUCAAUCAAAGUUUUAAAACAUUUAAAUGUCUUAGUCAAUGCUGGUGUUGAUGCUUUUGUUAGGUGUGAUGAAGAACCAUCCAAGUAUACUAAUUCAACCAAUCGUACUUUAUAUGUUAAUAAUGAACAGCUUGCUCGCUAUGGUUUAACUAGAAAUCAAGUUUGA